UGCUAGCCUGGGUAUUCGCGUCUCACCGCCACAGCCCGUCUCUUGGCUGUCGGAGCAAGCUGAGCUUCCAUACUUCCCACCAAUUGAGCUCCCCACUGACGACGUCGGUCGACCUCCAUCACUAUCUGCGCUUGUCGUUGUUGUCCGCAAUUCGCCGUGAUAAUCGAUUGCCUUGCCUGUUCCAGAGACGAGAGCAUAGAAGGGACAGACGCAGGACCAAGCUGAGCCGCCGGACCACCCUUGCCCGCCCACCACAUCCGAAUCCGAACGAAACACAAAGGAGAGGGCCACGAAGCUCUGCGAGGCCCAUCCAACCGGCGAGACAUUCGUCCCACCCCACCCGAGCCGGACUCGUUCCCUAGACGCAAGGCGGCACAUUUGGCAGACAAAAGCUGGUACUCGCGACGACAAGACAAAGGUCGGGCGGGGUACACUCGGCUCAGGCCAACGCAACAAUGGCGCCGCGCAUCGAGCCGCAGGAGAUCGAGACGUAUUGGAACAUCUUCAGCAACAGGACAAACGGCUCCAAGUACCUCACGGGCGAGCAGGCGGCGCCGGUGCUCAAGAACUCGGGCCUGCGCGACGACCAGCUCGAGAGGGUGUGGGACCUGGCCGACGUCGACAACGAUGGCAACCUCGACUUCGAGGAGUUCUGCGUCGCCAUGCGCGUCAUCUUCGACAUCCUCAAUGGCGAAUACAACGACGUCCCCACCACCCUCCCAGACUGGCUCGUGCCCGAGUCCAAGGCGCAUCUCGUCCAGGCAAACCGGGCCCUGACCGGGAAACAAGUGCAGUUCGAGCAGGUGGACGAGGAUCCGGACUCUCCCGGCCUCAAAGACGGCUUCGACUGGUACAUGAGUCCCGCCGAUAAGUCUAAAUACGAAUCCAUAUAUCAAGAGAAUAGGGACAUGCGGGGAGAAGUCUCAUUUGGCGCGCUAGAAGACCUCUACGAGUCGCUCGACGUACCCGACACGGACAUCAGAUCGGCUUGGAACCUCAUAAACCCCUCGGCCAGCCCGUCGAUCAACAAGGACGCCUGCCUGGCCUUCCUCCACAUCCUCAACUACCGCCACGAGGGCUACAGGAUCCCGCGGACGGUGCCACCGUCGCUGCGCGCCUCGUUCGAGCGCAACAAGAUCGACUACCAAGUGGACAAUCAGCGCACCACGGGCGCGGGCAACGCCGCGGCCGCCUCGCGCUGGGCCACAAAGGCCGACGAUACCACCUCGACGGGCCGCAAGGCCAAGUUCGGCGAUCAGUACCUCACGCGGCUCGGGCGCGGCAACUUCAAGGCGUCGGGCACCGACUUCGGGUCGGCGCAGAAGGACUCGGAGUGGGAGGAGGUGCGGCUCAAGCGCCAGCUGGCCGAGCUCGACGCCAAGAUGGACAAGGUGGAGGCCGAGGCGACGCGGCGGCGCGGCGGGCAGCGCGACUCCAAGCCGGCCCUCGUCAAGCGCGAGCUGGAGCAGCUGCUCGACUACAAGCGCAGGCAGCUGCGCGACAUCGAGACGGGCAAGGCCGACGGCGGCUCGGGCGGCGCCAGCCUCAAGAGCAUCCAGGAGGACCUCCAGACGGUGCGCGAGCAGGUCGAUGGGCUCGGCUCCCACCUGCGCUCGCGCCAGCAGGUCCUAGACGAUCUCCGUCGGCAAAUCGAGGACGAGAAGGCGGGCAGGUGAACUGGCGACUAUUAGGGGCGUGUUUUGGUACUCUUUUGUCCUUUUUUUUUCUUCCCCUUCCUUACUUAUUAUUAGUUCGUUCCAAAUUUCAGCUUUUGCUUGUGCCAGUGGCUCCUGCAUUUUGCCAGGUUUGUCGCAGCCCAUGUUCCAUAUGUUUCACCUUGAGGAUGGAUAGCUUGUUGCGUCGGCGAGGCCAUGUACACCCUGUUUAUGCUUUUGGAUUUCUUUUGGUUUCCGACUUCUCGGCCCGUUCAUAGACCUGGCAGGACCAUGAUCGUCGCACUAGGUGAUUACAGAUGAGACGAUGCUGUUCAAACAAAGAUGUUUUCGUUCAACUACAUAUUGAAUUCUGUGGAUGACAGCCGUGCUU